AACAGAAACAAACGUCAAGUCAAACGGGAGUUCGUCGGUCGGUUUCGUCUCGUUUUCGGAAAAAAAUCGUCUUUUGUGAUUAUUCUCUUGUGAAAAACAUUAAUCUUUCGUGCGAAUUCACGUAACAGGAGUGUCCACCGUAGCGCCAAACAUGAGCCAAUCGCGCCCAAAUGAGGAAAGAAUGGAUAUCGACAGCGAGGAUCCACCGGUCGCAGCAGGAUCCAGCUCUAGCGCUACCGGUGCUGCGGCCGGUUCUUCGACUGCCCCGUCCAGUGUUGCGCAAACAAAACCGGCUGCAUCUGGCGAAUCACGGAAUGUUAUGGCCGGAAGUGCAACGGUUCCCUCGGUAACGUGCUCGCUGCACCCGCUGGUGAUCAUGAACAUUUCGGACCACUGGACCCGAAUCCGCGCUCAGAACGGUAUGAAAUCGCAGGUGUAUGGAGCGCUGAUUGGGAAGCAGAAGGGACGUAACAUUGAGGUGAUGAAUUCAUUUGAGCUAAAGUUCGAGUUGGUCAACGACGAAGUGCACAUCCUGAUGGACUACUACAACACCAAGGAGGAGCAAUAUAAGCAAGUUUUCAGCGAUUUGGAUUUCUUGGGAUGGUACACGACCGGAUCUGUACCGUCCGAGAAGCACAUAAACAUCCACAAGCAGAUCUGUCAGAUCAACGAAUGUCCCAUCAUGGUGCUGCUGGAUCCGACCAGCCGGAACAUGAACCAACUGCCCAUCUCGCUGUACGAGUCGGUGAUCGAUAUCGUGCAGGGCGACGCUGUGAUGCUCUUUGUACCGCUGACGUACACCUUGGCCACGGAGGAAGCCGAGCGGAUUGGAGUGGACCACGUGGCGCGCAUGUCCACGAACGAUUCGGACGAAAACUCGACGGUGGCGGAACAUCUGCUGGCCCAGCACAGUGCCAUCAAAAUGCUCCACUCGCGGAUCAAGAUUGUGCUGGCGUACAUUAAGGCCGUGGAAAGUGGCCAGCUGGAAGCGAAUCAGGAGAUUCUACGUGGUGCUUACUCGCUGAGUCGCCGAUUGCCGGUGAUUCAGAACCCGUCUUUCAAGGAGGAGUUCUAUACGCAAUCGAAUGACGUCGGCUUGAUCACAUACCUUGGCGCGCUGACCAAGGUCUCCAACGAUAUGAACCAGCUGGUGAACAAGUUUAACGUUCUGUACGAUCGUCAAGGCAUGGGAAGACGGAUGCGGGGCCUUUUCUUUUAAGUUCGACACUUCUUCGUAGAAGGUAAAUAUGCACCUCCUAAAUGAACUCACUUCAACUAUCGAUAAUGGAUAUUUCUGAGUUAUUUUUUAUUGAAUACAACUUCUCACUGAA